UUAUGACUCAGUGUCACCCUAGAGGCUCCUUUCAAUCUGGAUAGGAUUUCGAUUCACCAGGACACGACGACAACAUUUUCUUAGCCUUGCUAUUCACUGGCUUUCUAUCUCUGCAACGGCUCGGGGAACCUACAUGGCCCGACGCCGUGAAGCAUCAGACAUAAGAAAGGUGCAUUUACGAUGGUACAUACCCUCACCAUUACUGCUAACUCUAUGUCCUACACAAUGACGAGCGACGACUCCAUACCAACUAGAAGUUGGUUCCUCCCAUGCUUGAGCAUUGUGGGGCUGUAAUGUCAGGUCAUUCAAUGAGAGCUGGAGGUGCAACAGCCCUCGCUAUCGCGAGAAUGACCCCAAAUAUCAUUCAGGCAGCAGGUCGGUGGUCCUCUGAUGAAUUCCAAAAGUAUAUACGCCAACAUGCGUUCUUAUAUACUAAAUGCUCUACUUUACGGCUCAGCUCGCGCGCCACCAAACUCGGACACAACGGCUUCUUUUGGCUCACGCAGCGUCUCUUGACUGGCUUGCAUAUUUCUCGGCUCCUUUUCUGUUUCCUCAGUAUGGUUCAGACAACUCUCUCGACAUCUUUCACGUCCUCACUGGCGCCAUGACCACAAAAUCAAUAUACAACACUAUAUUUUUUUAAAAAACUUCUAGCCCUUUAGUAUGUCUAUCGUGCCCCCGUCACUCAUGUCUUAUUUCACAAGCACGCAUCCUCGAGUCUCGCAUCUUCGUUGCUUUAUGCUGCCUUAUCAUGUACUUUCUGUCUCUCGGAUUGCAAUAAAACUUGUCCGGGUCCCCCGAGCAUGGAGCUGGGGGACUCCGCUUGCCUAAUAACCGCGAG